AUGGCCGGUGUGUAUAAUAAUUAUUCGUCGAUCAAACAUAGUCCAUCUUCAUCAUCAUUAUCACAAACUUAUUCUCACAAUGUUUUCACUACAAGAAUCUUAUUUUUACUCACAUUGCUUCUGCUUUCAUUAGCAGCAUUCGCCUUUGUUCUCCAAUGGCGUGGUGAGAUCGGCGACCCCACAAUCCGAUGGUCUGCUUUGAAUCGGUUUGAGUUUCAUGGUAUGGAUGCCGAUCAUACUUCCACUUCGUCGAAAGUCACUAUUAGGACCUCGGCUAGUUGUGUUGAUAUCUUGGGGCAAAGCCGGUCACCUUCGUUUCCUUACUUUAGAGAUUGGAAAUUUGAUUAUGAAAAGGAUCUAAAACCGAAGAUAUGCAUUACUACAAGCACUUCAGCAGGCUUAGAGCAAAUUUUACCGUGGAUUUAUUAUCAUAAAGUUAUUGGUGUUACAAACUUCCUCUUGUUUGUGGAAGGAAAAGCUGCGACGCCAGGUGUAUUUAAAGUUCUAGAGUCCAUUCCUAGGGUAAAAUUGAUUCAUAGGACACAAGAACUUGAGGAACAGCAAGCCAAAAGCCGAAUAUGGAAUGAGACAUGGUUGUCAAGCUUCUUUUACAAGCCAUGCAACUAUGAACUAUUUGUCAAGCAAUCACUUAAUAUGGAAAUGGCUAUAGUCAUGGCAAAGGAAUCUCAUAUGGAGUGGAUUAUUCAUCUAGAUACAGAUGAGUUAAUUCACCCGGCAGGCACUCGUGAGUACUCUCUCACACAACUUCUAUUAGAUGUGCCCGAAAAUGUGGAUAUGGUUGUAUUUCCAAACUAUGAGAGCAGUGUUGAACGAGAUGACAUACAAGAACCUUUUAGCGAGGUCUCAUUAUUCAAAAAGAACUUUGACCACCUUACAAAGGAGACGUACUUCGGAAAUUACAAAGAAUCAACUCGUGGCAAUCCAAAUUAUUUUUUGACAUAUGGAAAUGGGAAGUCAGCUGCCCGUGUCCAAAAUCAUCUGCGUCCUAAUGGUGCACAUAGAUGGCAUAACUACAGGAAAACACCUAAUGAGAUCAAGUUUGAAGAAGCUGCAGUUUUGCAUUAUACCUACACCAAGUUUUCAGAUUUGACAUCAAGGCGUGAUCGAUGUGGCUGUAAGCCUACUAAAGAAGAGGUUAAGAGAUGCUUCAUGUUAGAAUUUGACAGAGCAGCUUUUAUAAUUGCCUCGACUGCAACAGAGGAUGAAAUGCUAAAUUGGUACCGCGAACAUGUUGUAUGGAUGGACAAUGAUCUAAAAAAGAAACUCAUGAAAAAGGGAAUUUUAACUCGUAUUUAUGCUCCUAUGGUGAUUAUACAAGGAUUAAGGGAAGCGGGUGUUUUUGGUUCAUUAAUCGAGUCUGCACAAACAACUUUAUCAAAGGCCACAUUGUUAUCAUCUAAUGAGAUUAUCAGUACUUCAUUAAACACCAUUGAUGCAACAGAAGGUAUUUCCUCCAGAAAAGUUGGCAGGAAAGAACCUCACAUGGCUGUUAGAAAUGUUUUGCAAGCAGCAGCCACAGAUACAACAUAUUUAUUAGCAGUGCCACCACUCCCGUCUCCGGUUAACCAAGGGUGAUAUCUACAGCUAAAUAUGAUUUUGUUUUUA